AUGAUGGAAAAGCUUCUAGAGAAAUUGAGAUACAUGGGACAGUUCUACAUGGACCACCUCCACGGCAAGGGGAUUUGCUACUGGCCUGAUGGUUCCAAAUUCACAGGAGCUCUUUAUCUUGGCCAUGUAGAAGGCUAUGGGACCCUGGAAUGGAAGGAUGGCAGAAAAUUUCAGUGGCUGUACAAAUCUGAUGAGCGAUUUGGACAAGGGAUUGAGAGCUAUCCAGAUGGCUGUCAGGACAUUGGCUUGUGGCUCAGGGAUCAUCUAAUUAAACUUACUGAAGUACCUGGUUAUUUUUCUCUCUUGGAUUAUCCAGCACACUACAGACACAUUGAUGACAAUUCUCAAAAGAAGUAUAUUUCAGUUGAGGAAGACCCCUUUCUCCAUAGCUAUAAACAUCUCCCUUUUGAUGAUAAGGAUAUCUUCCAUGAAGGAGUCUUUACAUAUUCUUAUAACACAGAUCAUCUUACUUUGACUCACUCCUUCCUGGAAGAGUGUGAUGCUCGUUUUUUUCAGAACACCCCAAAGCUGCCCAAGGAAGACACUUGGCCUAUUGCAAAUUUAACCCCUUUACUGGUUAGAAUGCAGACUCAUGUUUAUAAGCACAGUUAUUCCUCCCCAGGUGCAGGGGAGGAAUGCAACAAUUUCCUUUUGUUGAAUUUGAUUCCUCAGCCUCAAGCCAGAGAAGCCAACUUGACAGGUGGUGUCACUUUGCAACUGAAAAAUGAAGCAGGACCACCACAAGAGUACUUUUCCUCCUAUAGUGGUCCUGUCCCUGAAGAAGGUGGAAGGAGUGCAUUGCAUAUUGCAUGCGAAAGAGAGGAUAACAGUGAGCAUGCCAGAGAUGUUAUCCACCUCCUUCUAAUGCAUCAGGCAAAUCCAAACACAUUGUGGAGUGGCCAUUCACCACUUUCCUUAGCCAUUGCUAGUGGGUAUGACUUGGCAGUGGUUGAACUCCUCAAACAUGGGGCUGACCCAAAUCUGCCAUUAAGUGGAGCAGUAAGAAGUGCCCUCUGUGCAGCUGUCAGUAUGGCAUACGAACAUCAGAGAACAACAGCACAGAGGAUUGCUUUGGUUGAUAAGCUGCUUGAAGCUGGUGCAGAUAUCCUUGCACCAGUUACUAUUAGGGAAGGACAGAGAAAAGCUGUGGGAACAGCUGUUGACUAUGCCUGUUAUAAAUAUUAUCAGGAUAAGAGAAUUGCUCAUACACCAUACCACAUACUGUCAGCAUCUGAGCAGGAAGUUUUUCAAACAUGCCGAUUGCUACUGGAACACAUUACAGUGAAGCUCCGUGAGCAUGUCACCCUGAAAGAGAAAGAGUGGGAUCAAGAAGAGCUGAGAAGAUCCAAGAAAUUGGAUUCAGCCAUUCAUACAUGUGUUUCAAAGAAGAUUUCUUGUUCCAACCAGAAGUCCCCUCACCAGAGUCAAGGGAGACUACCAUUCUUUAAAUACUGCUAUCAGUGUGGACAUUCAGUUGGUGUUCAGCUAUCACCUUGCAUGCCUUGUCAUGAAGUCUUCACUUGCAGAAGGAAAUCCUGGAAUGAGUGGCAUAGGCAGGAGUGCUUGGGAUUGCUGGUUAAGUCUGACUGUCAAGCAGCUCCAGAUGCAAGCAGUACAGUGAAAAAGAACAUCACUGGCAAAAAGGGGGAAAAUGGCAGAGAAGGAAAAGAUGAAAGGAGAGGUGGAAGAAAGAGUAAAGUUGGGAUUGGUGGAAGAGAUCAUCACAGGAAGAAUGAUUGA